AUGUUCAGAAGAUGGAAUGUUCAACUUUCGAAAAUGCUUAAUUUCUGCUCGAAUGCCAAAGGACUGUGUCUCCAAGUCUACUAUGAACGUCUGGUACAGCGAACGGAGGAUGAAGCCCGAAGAAUUCUAAAUUUUCUCGACGUACGAUGGACGGAUGAUGUGCUGCGACAUGAAGAGAAAAUUGGUAGUGAGGUGAAAUUGAAUCCGAAAGAGUUUUCUACCUCUCAAGUAAAGGAAAAAGUGAAUAAAAAGGCACUGACUUCAUGGUUUGGUUGCUACUCCGACGGUGUUUUGAAGGAUAUUGAUAAAUUGGCUCCACUGUUACGACAACUAGGCUAUAACACAUCCGCACGAGAGCCCGAUUACGAAGAGUUUGCAGGAAAAGCGGCAGAUUUCUACACCAAUAUAUACAAGCUAUAA